AUGUUGCCUCCGCGUUUACCACUCGAGGUGUGGGAUCGCGCCAUCGACCAUCUAUGGAACGACCGCGCCGCCCUAGAAGCGUGCAGCCUGACCUGCCACGCCUGGUUCAGCUGCACGCGCGUGCACGUUUUCCGGAACGCCCAGGUGCACCUGCAUUGCGAGCAGGACUGCGACACGCUUGCGAACCUCACCGCGCCGUACACCGCGCACCCGCUGCGCCUCCUCAGCAUCGUGAACCUCGGCCGGACCGCGUCCUUCCACGCGGAGGCCGACGCUGCAACGCAGGCGCGCUGGCUCGACGACAAGCUGCCGCCCUUGCUCCCGGAGUUGUUUAGGGCUGAGACGCUGCACUUGUUCAAUGUGAUCUGGGCGACGGGCAUCCCGCGCGGUCUAGAAGGGAACCCUUGGUAUGAUUGGCUUCGACUCUACCUUGCGAUGCCGCCGAAGGCAAGAGCGAGUGUACGCACCCUUUCACCGCGCAUCCGGACGCUCGUGCUGCAGACAGUGUGGUUUGAGGGACGGCGUAUGUUCCAGGAGUUCCUGGACGACUUCACGGGGAUGGUCAAGCUCGACCUGCAAGAUAUAACUAUCACGGAGUCGGAAAGUACGAUGAGACGUGCACCUUCCCUUCUUGAUUUCACGAAGCUCAAGAGACUAUCAGUUGUGCAGCUCCGCGUGGCCAGCAUCCUGCGCAAAGAGGGCGCAUUGGGGGUUCUGUCCAGCAAGUUCUCGCCUGAAGUCCGCGAACUGCGCAUCAUGUUCUGCGACCUCGCCCAGGGCUCGCUCGGCGACGACCUCACAGCUGUGCAAAUACAGUGGCAACUCUGGGACGAGGCCAUCGCGACCUUGCACCGUCUGAACCCACACGUGCUCAUCCGGCUGAUGCUCGAGUGCGUCGAGUUCGGCAGCGUGGGCGAGAGUAGGGAGGAUCUCGCGACGAGCAUGGCGAAGUACGACACCUGCCUGGAGGGCCUGACGCAAGAACUGGGGGCGUAUCUCCGGCAGUCCGUCGACUCUGGCGCUCGUGUCGUGAUAACUUGCACGCCGCCAAAGGAGAUGCCAUUCAAGGCAUUCUGGCUCACCGCCGACGGCCCGCAGCCGUGUCUGGAGGGGCCCAUCGAAGAUGUUGCUGAGAGGGUUUACUGA